UCUUGCUUGGUGGGAGUAGUUGUCCCUGAUCCAGAGGUUUUGCCAGAUUUUGCAGCAAAACUUGGUGUCCGAUGUUCCUUUGAAGAACUCUGCAAACAUUUAGCUGUGAAGAAAGCCAUACUAGAGGACUUGAUUAAAACUGGGAAACAGGCCGGCCUGAAGUCUUUUGAACAGGUGAGGGAUAUUUACGUCCAUCCUGAAAUGCUGACCAUUGAAAACGGUUUACUGACGCCAACGAUGAAAGCCAAGCGAGCCGAGGUGGCCAAAUACUUCAAGAGCCAGAUGGAUGACUUGUACAGUAAAAUCCAGGACUGAAGUGGCGCUCCGCUAGGAUCAGCCCCUCCGACCUUCCUGGUGCCACAGUCUCAGUCUGGACGAGCCGCUCCUCGCUGCGCAGGCGGCACAUCUGGGCACAGUCAUCCCCGUCAGCUGCACAGAGUCCAGAGCUCCGGACCUUGUAAAUAUUUUUAAAUGUAUUUUAUGACUUGCAGCUCCCCAGCUGCUGUGCAACUACAAGUCCCAGUAUGUCCUAGAGACUGCUUGAGGCGAGUGCAUACUAGGAGUUGUAGUCCACAGCUGCUGGAGGUUGAUGAAGAGGGGGGUGGGGGUCCUGUGCUGUAUAUACCAAGCUAAUAAAACCUACUAA